AUGUCCGUUGCAGCAGCAGAGAAAUGCCCUGAGAUUAUCGAAAUCGCCCGCAGUCUGAAUCAUGUCCCGAUGUGCGAGGACUAUGAGCGCAUGAUCUCGGGCAUGAUGUACAAUCCGCUGUUGCCCCGGCUUCAGGAGGCCCGACACCGUGCUCGCGGAGUCGCACAAGACUACAACAAUCUCGACGCCAAAUCUGUGUCGUACGACAAAAUAUACGACACGCGAAUGGAAUUGUUGAAGAAUAUUGUCGGCAGAGUCGGUUCAGGGACCUUUGUCGAGCCGCCAUUCCUGCCAGACUACGGCUGCAACAUUUCAAUCGGCAAGGAUUGUUUCAUCAACUUCAACUUCACCGCUCUUGACACGAGUCUGAUUAUCAUCGGUGACCGGGUCCAAUUCGGCCCCAACGUGGGGAUCUUCACGGCAGGCCACGAUGUCAGCAUCUUGUCGCGGCGAAAAUUUGUCGAAUUUGGCCAUCCCGUCCGAAUUGGUGAUGAUUGCUGGAUUGGGGGGAACGUCACCAUUCUCCCGGGUGUGACGAUCGGAGAAGGAUGCACUAUUGGAGCUGGGUCUGUCGUGACCAAGGAUAUCCCUCCUUUUUCGGUGGCUGUAGGGAGCCCUUGUCGGGUGAAGAGGACCAUUCCCUCUGCCGAGGAGGAAGAAAAGGAUCCGAAUAACCCUUAUCGCAAUCUCACUCGUGCUGAUCGAGAGGAGUAG